UGCGCCGCGCGGCCAAUGGGAGGCGAGCGCUCGGAUCGGUGACGUGGCAAAAAAUUUCAGAUCCCGCGCAAAUGCCCACCGCCCCUUGCCUUUAAAAGCCGCCCCCUUCUGGCCUCCUUUCCCCUCCACUCGCUUCAAAGCAACGCAGCAAGUUCCGUGCACACAUCCAAACCGGCAAACCCUCGUCGCGAUCCGGCCCCAAGGUCUCGAGAUGAAGGCGAGGGCGAAGUCCAGCGGCGGCGACUCCAGGCUUUCGGUGAAGAAGGGCAAGGCUCAGAAGGACCCAAACAAGCCCAAGAGGCCUCCGAGCGCGUUCUUCGUCUUCAUGGAGGAGUUCAGGAAGGACUACAAGGAGAAGCACCCCAAUGUGAAGCAAGUCUCUGUGAUUGGCAAGGCUUGUGGUGACAAGUGGAAGUCCCUGUCUGAUGCUGAGAAGGCUCCCUACGUCUCUAAGGCCGAGAAGCUCAAGGUUGAGUACACCAAGAAGAUGGACGCCUACAACAACAAGCAGGUACAUCAUGUUCCACUCCACUCACAUUGCUCGGCAGUGCCUAGAAAUUCGUCUGUAUAUGAUGCACUUUAUGAGUCAUGCGUCAUCUGUCGUUGCAGUCUGGAGGCCCCACAGCGUCUGGUGAUUCUGACAAGUCCAAGUCUGAGGUGAAUGACGAGGACGAGGAGGGUGACGAGUGAUGGAUGACGGAUGGAGGGAGCUCUCGCCUGCCCAAGUGCUUGCAGUCAGUAGGGAAAUUCUCAUCGUCGUGGGCCUAACCGGGCUUUUGCUGCUCCUUUUAGCCUCUGGAAGCUGUCUGUCUGUCUUUCUAGAUGCAGUAGACUAGUAGUAGUGGCCGCUCGUUCUCUGAGUUGGUAGUCGCAAGUGUUGUCCGUCCCUGAAGUGAUGCAGUUUAGCUGGUAGUGUGUUCGCUUCUUCGGCACUUGACCGCUUGUUGGAAUGGCAUGGGAUGUUUAGCCUGCAGUCUGUACUUACCCACGAGCAUCUAUGAUGCCUCUGUUUUAACAAUCUCAGAUCUCAAUAGAUGCCUGUUUUAAGUCUCAGAUCUAAAUAGAUGGUGGUAUUAAUUGCUGACCUCAA